AUGAGUGCAUCCAAACCCCAGGAAAGUGUUGAGGUGAGAAUCGAACCCUCUCUGAAUGAGAAGGAGAAGGAGUUUGUUGGCAAAAGAGGAAAAGCUGUUCUACAAAGCCUGCAGAAGCUUCAGAUACACUGCAGUCAGAAUGAGGUGCCAAAUAUUGCAUUACUGGGUUCUGGAGGAGGACAACGAGCCAUGGUGGGAUUGCUGGGAUCCCUGGUUCAGCUCCAGAAAACAGGUCUUCUGGACUGUGUCCUUUAUCUGAGCGGAGUCUCUGGAUCCACCUGGUGUAUGGCCUCCUUAUAUCAGGAACCAGACUGGUCCACCAAACUAGAGACUGUGAAAGACAAGAUCAUCCAGAGACUCAAUGGUCCUGGAGUCAGCUGGACAGAUGCAUUAGACAAACUGAAGAAAUAUUACUAUGAGAAAGACCACUUCAGUCUGACUGACGUCUGGGCAACGAUAUUCGUCACGGGUUUUGUGAAAGAGAUAGACGAGCAAAAACUCACAGAUCAGUGGAAUCACCAGAGUAAAGACCCGUUUCCCAUCUACACAGUGGUUGACAAGCACUGCAAACAGCACAAAGAUGGAGACCCCUGGUUUGAGAUCACUCCACAUGAAGCAGGUUAUUCUCUCACUGGAGCGUUUGUGAAAACCUCCAGCUUUGGCAGUCAGUUUGACAAUGGCUCUAAGAUCAAGCACCAGCCUGAAAUUGACAUGCUGUACCUGCAAGCUCUGUGUGGCAGCGCUAUAGCUGAUGGAGACGAGGAUAAGAAAGAGUUCUUGGAAAAAAUAAAAGAGAUCUUUAAUAAAACAGAAACAGUGAUGUUUGCCAAAAUGAGGAAAGAAGAUCCAAAGUCUCCUCCUAUACACAAAUGUUACCAGGUGCUCAUGGAUCUGGUGGACAUGAAUCUCUCUGUUUUGAAAGGCGAAGAUCCGUCUGAUCUUGAUGAAUCCAUCAGAACAAAGCUGAGCAAGCUCAAUGGCAAACGUCAGCUGAUUUUUCAAACGAAAAAACUGAAUCUCACUGCGGAUCAGUAUAUGAAACAAUACACUGUGGAUGUGUGUAAUUAUUUGCAUCACUUUUUACGCCCCCUGCAAGAUGAAAGUAGGUUGAACUGUCUUUACAAUGCAUUGAUUUGUAUAAUAUACUUAAUUUUUGAUUUUCAAGCCAUAUUAAUGCAUAAACCAAAAUGUGCUUUAAGAUUCCAUAAAGUUUCCAACAAAAAAACGUUUUAUCAGACUGAUGCCACAGAAGAAUCUUUAGACAUCCAAUAUAAAACAAUAUCAAAGCCCUUUACUGAAUUAGAACUACUGUGUAUUUGUUUUACAGUUAUUUUGAUGAGAAUAUUAAAGUGCAUUGCUAAGUGGAAAUGGGGCAGGAAGUAUGACUUUCUCCACAACAUGAAAGAUAAAUCAGUGCCCUCCACUCUACUGAAAACUGAGACAAGAGACUUUGAGGACGCUGGACUGUUGCUGAACUCACCCUACUUCUCAGUGCUGAGAAAAGAGAGAAACAUCGACCUCAUCAUUUCACUGGACUUCAGUGAGGGUGAUCCUUUCACGACAGUGAAGAAAGCUGCUGAGAUGUCCAAGGAACUAAAGAUCCCUUUCCCUGAGGUCAACAUUCCCAGUGAGGACUCCGAGAAACCGAAGGACUUCUACGUGUUCAAAGGCAAAAACACUCCAACCGUGAUCCACAUCCCUCUCUUUAAUGUGGUCAACUGUGGAGAUGAUAUUGAGACCUGGAGGAACAAAUAUAAGACCUUUAAAUUUCCUUACAGCGGUGAGAAGAUCACUGAUCUCAUGGAGGUCGCUGGAAAAAACAUCACAAACAACAAAGACAAGCUGCUGGAGCAGAUCCGCCUCACCACAGGGCCAAAAAUACACUAAUGAAUAAUAAAUAUCAGUGGUGUGCAGCGUUCUGAAAUGAGGUGGCACUGUUUGUUUUAUUGUUUUUUCAAAUGUAUAUUCAUGUUUCAUUUAGAGUUAAUGCUGACACAUUUUUGACCAAAGCAACAGGCCAAUCAGAUCUUAUUCACAGCAGCUCCAUCUUUGAUUUUUAACAGGAAUGAAAUUGAGACUGUGAGGGAAAGACAUACAUUUCUUCAGUGGGUUGUAUUGUUAUUUAAUGUGUUUUUGGAUUGUUCUGCAGAUGAAAAACUG